CGCCUCCUUGUUUUUGUGCUUGUUUAUUUGUUAGCUGUCUGAGCCAGGACCAAGGGCCAACCCCGGGGUCAACUGCCGCCCGCACUGCCGGCUCACCCCUCCCCGGCGUCGCGCCAGCGCUCUGCGCAUGCGUCCUGCCGCUCUACGCAGGCGCAGCGUGGGACGCGGCGGCGGCGGCGAUGGGCGGGAGGUUGGCGCGCGUGUUCCGGACAUUCAAUGUGGAGAGCCGGGCGCGCCGCGAGAUCAGCAAGGAGAAGCCCACCCCCGCGCCGCGCCACCCCACCAGCCGUUUGGACGCGCUGACCGACCACCCCGAGAUACAACAAGAAAUUUACAGGAAGGACGACAGGCUCCUCACCUUGUUAAAAGACGUUUAUGUGGAGUCCAGAGACCCCCCGGCGCGGGUAAAAGAUGGAGGUGGUGAAUGUCUUCCACGUAAACAGGAGGAAAAGAGAUUGACAAAACUAGGUCAACUGCAAGAGCUAGAUAUUAAGAAAGUUUCCAAAGGCAAAAUUUCCAUUGUGGAGGCUCUGACGCUUCUUAAUAAUCAUAAACUUCAUCCUGAGAUAUGGACUGCAGAGAAAAUAGCAGCAGAAUACAGUCUGGAACUGAAGGAAGUCAACUCUCUUCUGGAAUUCUUCAUUCCUUUUUCCUUGCAAGAAUUUCCUAAAGAAACAAGAAAAGCUAUAAAACCAACAUAAAAAUAAUUAUGAAAGACUUGUGUGAUCUUGCUUGCGUCUUAAUUAUACUCCUAAGUAUAUUUGGUGUCUGAAGAGUGCUGGUAACGUGUUAUCCAGCAAGGCUGCUGUCUUGUACCAAAAAGAUGUAUUCAGGCAAUUCCAUUCUGUAUUUGAUGGCUUCAGUUAAAUGUGGUAAUUACAAGACAGAGUGUGUAAACCAGAUUUUAACAACUAAGAUGUGUGAGACCCUGUCACAGGAUUCUGAUUGUUGCAUUCAAGCAUUUUCCAUCUAGUUAAAUUAUGCAAGUUUGAUUUAGAAAUUUAACUUAAAAAAAAAAAAAAAAAAAAAAAAAAACAAAGCCCAAACAGGUUGCCUUUCUUAACAGACUUCCUGGCUUCCAGCAAAAUCAGUGCUCUGUGUGUAUUAGCUUUGUAAUUCAUGUUGCAAGGACUUGCUCUCAAGGUGUGUGUAUAUUAAAGCAGCUGUAUUUCUAUUGUAUAGAAGUUAAAUAGUACUUACCCUUUACAAAGAGAGUUAGCUGCAAGAAGAUUUAGGAAAUUCAGCUGUGUCAAAAUAUAAAGGUGAAUAGCAAGAAGGCCUCUUCCUGAUGACUAAUGUGUGACCCCUCUUCCACUCCAUUCUGAUUUUGCUGAAUGAUCUGUACCUCCCCAGGUACUAUCCAUCAGUCAAUGAAUUUGGAGAGUGAAAAUCUAGUAUCAUGGCAGUCUUUUGCAGAGGCUUCUGGCACUUGCUGUAUGAGAAGUAAUGGUUCAUAUAGUAGGUAGCUAUUAAAUGCAAUUCUUUCUACUGACUGUACCCACUAGUAGACCUGUUGUAAAUGUCUACCUGUGCUGUUGUAAUAACCCCUUUUUCCCUGCGGAAGCCUUCUCUGAUUUGUCCAAGUACAAGCUUAGAUCAGUGUGUUCACUGAUAAACAACUUUUCCUCAUGCUACCACACUUGAGAUGAACAGCAUCCUUUAGUUGUUAGUAAAGGCAGUUAAACUGAGGAGAUAACUGGACUGUAGCCUUGAUACUCUUGACUGUUUGAGUUUGUGUAGAUAAGGAGGAAGUUUAGCACUGCUGGCAAGUACUGACUAGCGAAAACUUGUUCAUGUUUUCCAGCUAACCUAGAAAAGAAAGCAGAAUUUAUGUUUAAAAUUACAGUAUGGUUGCCUUCAUUUAAAAAAAAAAGAAGUUAAAAUGUUUACAUUGUAAUGUGAAUGUUUCUAAUGUCCAUCGCCAAAAAAGCUAAAUGUAACUUCCUUUUUAACAGGUUCUCUGUCAGGUCUUAGAAUUCUGAUUAUGGUAAAUAUUUUACCAAGAACAACAUCACAUUUCACAGCAAGAUUCUUACCGCUUCCCUGAGAUGGAACAAAGUAUUUAAUUACAGUUUACCACAGUGUAUGCAAGGGUUUUUUUUUUUUUAAGUACAUAUCACUAUAGACUAGUGAAAGAUUGUGUAAAAAUUCUGAUUUGUCUUGGAUGUAGGUGAUGGCCUGGUCCCUGUUGCUGUAACUUAACAGGGACAGACCUGAACUGAAAAUAACAGAUAACACUUCUGAGCUGUGAACCGCAUUAUAAUUUACUUGUUUUCCACAAAAUACCUUUCUAUGCUGUAACAGAAACACUGUAUUUUUUGAAUACUGUUCAUCCUAGUGUGAUAUUUAAGGUGGCAAUCAGAAAGAACAGCUGUGGAAUAUGUUUGAUACAGAUACUUUUUUUUUAUUAUAGGAGACCCUCUGAUUUCCUUUUUUGAAAGUGGAUCUUCUAUGAUGCAUUGGAGUUGAUUAAAAACUUGUUCUACAAUCAGCAAUAGACAACACUUUAGCCAUGCCCUUUGACUCAGUACUUAUUUUGGUAUUUCCUUUACACUUUUAACUUGGUUUUGUCUAUUCCCUCUCCCAUGGCUGUUAGCUGUUGGCAUAAGGAAAAGGUGUUCUUCAAGUAGAUGUUUUGAAGUGUUAAUUGUGGAGAAUUUGUGGGGAUCUGACAUACAAGCUUAUGGGAAUCUUAUGUGGAUAAUUUCUCAUGUUUCAUUUCCAUGAAUGUGUUGUGCCAAAUUUCAAAUAUUUUUGAUCGCUGUGUAGAAUUACUAAAUUUGGUAAAGAACUACCUACAUUGUUCUGUAGGAAUGUUCCAGCAGGUAUUCUGGCUUCCAGACUUGAAUUUUCCCUGAGAUGUCUCUAGGGGGAGUAUAUUUGCUCACUUAUCCGUGUUUUCUGGGAUGUUCCCACUUCAGUGCAUCCGUUUCUCCAGCUUCAUUCUGUAAGUUUGUAUUCCCAGUCUUCUCUGCCAGUUUCUAUGAAAACUUUAUGUAGCUGCACUUUUUGCUUUUUACUAACUCACAGGCAAAUGUUGCUUAUAUUCUGCUGUCACAGUAUCAAUGACCUGUUUCAUUUCAGCAGGGUGGUAUGGUGCCUUCCAGGAGUAGCAUCUCUGAGGUACAGAUGAGAGGACUGAGCAAAUGUUUUGUUCUGGCAAACUUGUGACAAAUUUUCAAAAGGGAUGUAGCUUUUCAUACAUCUUCAAAAUUUGUCCUUUGAGGUAUUUUAAACUAAAAUAGAUCUUGUGCUGCCUUUCUUUGUAUUAAUAGUAGCCAGGUUCUUGCAAUUUGAUGCUGAGAUAGCAAGAUCAGAGUUGUAAGGCAGGAAAAAGGUUUAACUCCACUUUCUGUGCAGUUCAGUUAGAGAGAACUUCAGUAAAAAAAUCUAUUUUUCUCUAGUUAUCCAGCACAGGGAACUUGUCUUUUAAGCCAUAUUUUUACCCAAGAAGGAAAGAAAAUGAUGCUCAUAAGUUAGAUUUGUGUACUAAACUUAAAGAGUAUUUUAUUUCUGUGCUGAAAAAUGGGGUCAAACCUCAAGUAGUCGUAAUACAGGAUUGAAAACGCUGAAGUUUAACAGAGUGUCUUUGUUUAAAAGGGCCUUUUUUCAUUUAAGAUCAUACUUUCUUGUUUGAAAUUCCAGGAAGCUUCAGGUUUCAUAGUUCUGUGCUGGAAGGUUUUUAACAGGAGUUUUCUGAUUGUCACAUGGCAGUGGUGCUAAAUUCACAGCAACAGCUAUAGAGACCUGCUCAGUGAAGGCACGUUUCAGGUGCAGAUGGCUUUUGGAAGUUGAGACUGGUAGGGCGAGGAAGCUGUGCACUGACUGACAUGCUAUUAAUGAUCAAACCACUGCACUGGUGCUUAUCAUUACUGAAUAUGUCUCGGUAAUCUGUAAACCCAGUGAAUUUUGUAACCUUCCAUGGUUGGGGUAGGUACUGCCAUGUUAUUAUCAGUGCUAAAUAUUUUCUGUUGAGGGCUUCCAGAGAAAGCUUUUGCAGUAGGGAGAACAGCGCCCUAGAAGGAGAUGACAGGCUACUUAGCCCGCAUCAGGAUUAGGUGUUGUAAGAGAGUGCAGUAGGUCCAUCCAUGUUUUUUGGCCUGGCAAAGUACAGCACUGCUGUUACAAGAGAAGAAACUGGAAUGGAACUGUGGCAGAAUAGUCAGCUCCUAUGAGGAUUUAUUGCCCAGAAGUGGAAAAUGCAAGGGAUUUGUAGGACUGAAUGAUGAUUUCUUGCCCAGAAGUGGAAAAUUCAAGGCAUUUGUAGGACUGAAGCCACGAGGCUAGGUGCACAGGAGCAGCCAUACCUGUGAGUGGGGUUGCCCUAGAGAGCAGAGUCCAUCAGUGUUGCUGGUGUUAGCCAGGCUUAUUCCUGCCACAGGUUUCUGUAAGCAGAAGCAUGGAUGUAAAGCAACUGGUAGGUCUGCUUAUGUGAGAGAUGAUUGGAGGAAGGAAAGCAGCUCUGGCAGCCUGCAUGUGGCUGGGAAUGCUCUGCUGGUGGUAAUUGCCUGUCCUGGCACAGAGGAAAAUAAAAAGUGAAGGCAUAGUCUUCAGAGUGUUUUCUUUGAACUAAAGUAUUUCCUGUUCUUAAUUGCACAGAGCUUUGUUCCCAGGAAAAAAAAAAAAAAAAGCACAGAGCAGGUUGUGAUUCAAGCAGUUCUUACUCGCCCCAGGCCAGGUGCUGCCUGGGCUCUGCUAGCCAGCAUGGCCAGAACUGUGCUGCAGGGCUGAGGUGCUGGGCAGGAGCCUGAGGCUGUGUGCUGUCACUCUCAGUUGUCUUCGGUCCUGGUCCCUUGUGCUGGCAGCACAGCGCUGUACCCUAAAGCAUGCCACAGGCCGGGCCAUGAGCUCCCUCCUCUUAAAGAUGAGAGGUGGGUUUGAAUUCCUGUAUUUAGAACUCAGAAGUGGUCUUUUUCUCUUGUCUGCAUCAGCUGCAAUCCUUUGGUUGGAUCAAACAUACAUUCACCUUACUCCUAUUACCAGCCAUGUCCACAGGGGGGGAAAAGUUACUAAAAUUGGGUAUAGUACCAAAAUGUGACUGAAUUUUUUGAGUACAUUAUCCAUAAAUUUUUUUAUUUGGGAUGGGAAAAAAUUAUUCUAAAACCUAUUUUUUACAGUCUAGUAAAAUAUUUUUGUUUGGUAUGAGAUGUCAUUUAUUGCUAAGAAAAGUUCAAUCUGAAUGCAAAAUAUUUUGUUCAAAGAUAUCCCUCACCUUACCAUAUAAUGGGAAAUAUUUUGUUGUUGUAGUCAUUCUUAGAAACAUGAUACAAACUUCUGAUAAGCAAAAGUUGAUCCCAGCCUGGUUGUUACCAUUCCCUCCCUUGCCAUGAUCCUGUCCUCCCACUCUCCCUGCUAAUUUGUUGCUGGGUGCCAUCUGGUAAGUCUCUAGCCCUGUGUCACAGAUCGGUAAUUAACUGUGUACAGUGAGUGAGGCUGAUUUACUAUGUACCUAAAGCUACAGUGAAACUGGAAUAAAUAGAAAGCAAGUGCAUUGAAUAGCAGUGAAUUAGAGCAAAGCAGGCUACUGAAGAUGUCUUUAGGAAGAAAUAAUGCCACUUGACUGGUUUUGCUUCUCCACGGGGGAAGAAACUGGGAAUAAAAUUCAUAUUGUGUUCUGCCUUUCUCAAUUAGCUGUCACCUGUUAAAGAUUUCCUGUGUGGGAACAAAUUCACAGUUGUCGUCACUUAAAGAUAAAUUCUGUCAGCUUGCUUCUGCACAUGCAGUACUCUAAUUCUAAACUUCUACACAUGCAAUACUUUAAUAUUAAAUUGGAGCUAUUUUUCCUGUAACUGGCAUUUGAUCACAGUUUCUUAAUCCUUUUGAAAACAAUACACUAUUUUGUACACUUUUAAUAAAGGUUAUCUGAAUUUUGCCAUGGACACAGUUGUGAUUAAAAGCUGAGGAGAUGCAACUAACACAAGUCUGUUGUUUCCACCACCAAGAGAAAUAUCUAUUUAUAUGCUUAGGUUCAAUAACAUAAGUAAUUCUCUAGCCUUAAAAAAGCAGUGAAAGAGUGAUGUUUUUGAGAGACCCUAAGGAAAAAACAUAAUUUUACUGACAGAGCACUAUAGGAAACCCUUGUUGGGUUUUAUACUCAAAAUUCUGUGUUUUCUGCAAUUCUGCUGCUUUGGAACAUGUUAUAGAAUUCACUCCUUGCUGUGACAUUGUGCUCUACCAUACAACGUUCAAUUCUGCCAAGAUGUGCAAUUAAUUCUAGGUUGAGGACAAAGGCCUGAGCUGAGUGUGAGCCAUACUACUCAAAUUCCCUUAAGAUUGCUGCAACCUGAAAUAAUACUUUUCAGAAAUAUGAGCCAAUCCCGUUUUGUUAACUGCUAGCUACUUCUGAAAAUGAAAAAGGAAAAUCUAAAUCUAGUUAAAAUAGAAAUGCAGAAUAUGAUACUCAUAUAAAUAAAUUACAUAAAGCUUUUGA